GAUGGCCUGCAGAUUUCAUACCUCUCACUCAAAAAGCAGUUAGUUCUUCAUUGUUCGUUCAAAGGGAACGUUGAGUUUGUAAUUAUGAAUAUAAUAAACGGCGAAGAACUGAAGGUCGAUCUUAGUGUACCCGUUUGGAAGUAUGUUUACGAAAAGGCUUGGAUUUACGGAGAGCGUAUUGCCCAGGUGGAUGCGGAGAGCGGCCGGUCGCUGACGUUUCGCCAAAUGGUGGAGCUGAGCCAGCGAGUGAGCCGCAGCCUGCUGAGGCUGGGGGUGCGGCGAGGCGACGUAGUGGCCAUUUGCAGUGAGAACAAUUUGGAGUUUUGCUCGGUGCUGUUGGGAGCACUUGAAGCUGGAGCCGCCUGCAUGCUCAUUCACCCUCUGUAUACUCCGCGUGAAUUUAUUCAUGCAAUGGGUAUCUCUAAGCCAAAAAUUGUAUUGUGUUCAGCGUCAGUUGCGAAGUCCCAACCUGAGGAAGUAUUCACUGAAAAUGAUCAUGUAAAAGCUGUCUUGGUUUGGGGGUGUACACCCGCGAUUUUACCAGCAGCAUACAGAAAAUUAGAAGAUUUCUUGGCUACAGACGAUGAGCUUCUAGUAACGGAAUCGCAUGGAGAAACAGAAGUUCAUCUCAAUGGCCAUCAAUCGGAAACCAAGAACGUUGCUCUAAUUCUAAGUUCAAGUGGAUCUACAGGUUUACCGAAGGGAGUUAUGCUGACCCAUAGUAAUAUUAUAGUAGCUCUCGCUAACAGUGCCAUGUACACGUCUGAAAAAAACAUUACUCUUGGUUUGAUGCCGUUUUCUCAUGCCUAUGGUCUACUUUUAGUGCUGAUGUGUCUAUGUGAAGGGUCAAAAGUCAUAAUAGUUGGAAAGUUUACAGUUGAUUCCUUUAUUUCAAACAUUCAAACCUACCACAUAAAUUGCUUAUAUCUUGUACCUUCAUUGUUGGUGCUGUUGUCCAAAAAGAAGGCUAUUCCAAGUGUAGACUUCAAAAAUAUACAUCAUGUAUGGACUGGUGCAGCACCUGUUAGUCCUAAAGUCAUUGAUAUUAACUCAGGGGAAGCUUUAGGACCCAAUGCCAAAGGAGAGCUGUGUUUCAGAGGUCCUUCAAUUAUGAAAGGAUAUAUGGGAAACUCUGAUGCCACCAAAGAGACCAUAGAUAAUGAGGGAUGGCUGCACUCUGGCGAUCUUGGUUAUUAUGAUUCAGAUCAUUAUUUUUUUAUUGUAGAUCGCCUAAAGGAACUAAUUAAAUAUCAAGGGCAUCAGGUUUCUCCUAGCGAGCUAGAGGCAAUUCUUUUAACCCAUUCUGCAAUCCAAGAAGCAGCUGUGAUUGGAAUUCCAGAUGAGAUAUAUGGGGAACUUCCCCAGGCACAUGUAAUUAAAGACCCAGCUACCAACAUUACUGCGGACGAAAUUCAAAAAUUCAUUGCUGGUAAAGUGGCUCCACAUAAAAGACUUUAUGGUGGAGUAAAAUUUGUGGAGACAAUUCCUAAAACACCAAGUGGAAAAAUUCAAAGGAGAGAACUGAAGCAAAGAGUUUAAGAAGAAAAAACAGUUUUAAAUUUUAUUUUAAUGUAGAACAUCUUGGUGUGAUCUUUCAUAUACCCCUGAAGAAUUAGUGUAUUACUAAUCAUUUUUAUUUUGUUUUUUAACAUUUAAAUCAAAAUAGUUCAUUUGAUUCUUGAUAAAUCAUACUUGUAGUAUUCUUGUAUAAAGAUCUAAAAAAAAAAAAAAAGUUUACCACUAAGGAACACAAAGUGAGAAGAGUAAGUUAUUCAAUAAUUUAUUCAUCAUAUUUUGUUAAGUGUCAUUUCAUCCUAUUUUCCAGAUUUAACACUUAAUUAGAAAAGGAUUUUAAGAAAUGUAUAAUUUAUUCAGUGUGAUCAUUGUCUUAAAUCUUGUGUAAGUCUUGUUUCUUCAAGAAAAGUGCUGUAUAACUGAUAAUUUAAACACUCAUGUAAACUCAUACUGCCCUUUAAAAAUUGAUAUAAACUCUCUGGAUCCUAUGGAACAUAAUUCAGCAUUUCAACUUUAUCCAAUGCUUUAUAUCUUUGCCUCAGACUUAUUUUUGUAUAAAACCUUCCUUCUAAAGUUGGACUGAAAAAUAUUAAACUUAUGAUUUGGUUAAUAUUAGUACUAUCUGUCUAUUUGAGAGGUAUAGCAUUAUGGGUAAUAUUUAUUUUGUAAUUUAGACAUUAUUUAAUGUGCAAAAAUUACCUACUUGUUAUCAUGAAAAUAAGAACUUUCUGUCAAGUAAUUUCAAAUACGUGAAUAGUGUUGAUAAUACAUAUCCGAAAUUAAAACCAAUAUGAAAAUUAUUAGUAUAUUUGAAUGGCUUUUUUAACAAUGCAACUUAAAUUUUCUUUUAUUAUAUAAACUUAAAUCAAUUGCCAUUUAUUUGCAUUAAUUCAAUUUAAAUUUGUUCAUUUCUUUGUUUAUAUUGCACCAUUUCUUCACUUAGUUUUUUUCUUGUAUGUCAUUUAAAAAUAUUUUUAAUUUUUAUUUACAGUUUAGUACCCCACUCUUAUUUUGUUUCAUUAACAUGACCGAAAGUAAAAUUGCCAACCAACGAAAAAAAACACUAAGUAAUGAGAAAAAAUAUAUAAUAACAGUUGUGCUUGAUAACUUUCUCAUAUGGGACUAAGAUGUAAGUUUUUUAACAAUAUUUCUCCAAAAUGCAUAAGUGCAAAUUUAUUUCGAAAAAUUGAAAACAUUUCCAAAAAAAUUGUUUUGCUUCCAAAUAACUGCACUGUGUUAGAUAAUUUGCCAAAUAACACAUUUCAAAAAUGUAUAUUUUAAAUUUAUUAUUGUAGAAAGAGUGAAAAAUGUAGUUGAAUUUUUGCCCAAAAAACAACCGCAGUGCUUGUACUUUUCGCAAUUCCAUUUCAAAUUUUCAAGACAUUUAUCUGGAUUAAAGUAGAAAUAAAAAGUACUUCUUUGUUGGAGUUUGGGCUGUGGUUGACCUUUGGAAUUCACCAUGAACUUUGGACCAUGUCGCGACGUUUGUAGAUAAGGUUCUCCAACAUCAAAAUUUAAGGAAGUAUCAGGAUUAUUAAAGAAACCAGAACAUUAUUGAUUUAUGUAAACUAAUACAAUUUCAACUUUAAAAUUUCAAAAUAAACUUUACCUCAGUGAAAAGAAUAAAAUUUUGUCGCAAAUUAAAGUCGCGAAAUAAAACUGUCAAUGUUUUCUUUUGUUGUCUUUAUUGGCCCUCUCCGAGUUUGUCUUGCUAAUUUGAAACUAGCGUUCUCAUAAGUUCUCUUUUAAGGACUAUAUAGUAUGUAAAAUGCAAUUUUGCCAUUUUAUUUUAGCAUUCAUUUUGUGUUUGUCUAUCAGUGGUGGCUCGAGCUUAGGUUGCACGACCCCCAGAAAAUCGAAAGCUGUAUAUUAUCUUAGGAAUAUACAUUUUCCUUUUAAUAGUAUUCCGUAUCAAGAUUUUGCAGCAAUAUCGAUGUAUAACAAAUCAGUUUGAAACCAAAGAGCUUCGAACUGGCGCUCUUUCCGGCGUCUGGUGCCCUCCUAGGUAUUGCCCCAAGCUCUUGGUUCUAUUACUGCGUUUAUUGCAUUUACUAUUCAGACUUACGUUUAACCAGCGUCAACAGGGCCUUUAGUGAUGCAACCAAGUUGGUGGGGGGAUAUUGUCACUGAGCGCUGUGCGGCGUCCGAAGCUGUUCGAGGGGAAUACCAAUAUUCUGUCUUCGUCUGACUAGCUGCAACUUAAUUUGAUGAAUUUCGUGUGUGUUAUUGAAAGUAAACAAGUACAGUCAAUCAUUGACGGUAUUCAAUGCAUUGUUUAUGAUAUUUGGAGAAUUUAUUUUCAUUUGAUAAUAGGUUCGCUGAUUCGAAACGUACAUUUGAUGAGUUCUCUGUGUAAAGUUGGCCGUUCUGAAUGGACGUCGUGUCUCGCGGAUGCCAGAUUGCCAGCAGCUGGCCAGACAGCAGUUUACGAGCUGGGUGUUGGUCUACAAUGUCUGUAGAUCUUUCAUUAUUGCAAUAUAUACCAGGGUAGUGAAGUGUUCGGUCGUGAGUCGGAUACAUUCUACAUUUUAUAUUUCAUGUACUACGUUAUAUGCCUUUGAAAUUUGACACUUCCAACACUAGGUUAACUAGGAACUACCAGUAGGUAACACCAGGAACUUCCAACUCUAAGUUAACCAGAAUUUAAUGUGAUUUAACUAUUAAUUUUUCAAUGCAUUAAUUGUAAUAAAUA